AUGCCACCCAAAAAGGAAGAGAGAAAACCGCUGGAACCCAUGUUUCCAGAAAUCCCCUUAUUUUAUGAAUAUAUCGAUUAUUCAAAUGAAUAAAUGGAAUAGCUGAAUGAAUAUCUGAAUUACUUCAAGCCAGAACUCAGUGCCAUGAUGAAAAAUAAUAUAUUUGACAAUAUGGAAAUACUAUGUCAAACAAUAGGAAUAGCUCGACAUCCAUCCUUUAUAUUGCCAACUCAAAUGAUAGACCUAAACGAUUUCGAUGAAAAUACAAAAUUUAGGAACCCUGAAGAACUAGAUGGAGAUCAAGUGCCUUAAAUGAUUCAAAUAAAUUCUGUAAUUUUGAUUAUAUAUGGUGACAUAGAUAAAAAUUGAUCUAUUUACAUUAAGAUUACUGGAUUAUUGUGCAGGUGUUAGUGGGUUGACAACAAUCAAAAUGUCAAAUAAUGGUUUAACAGCUAGGUAAUACUAAUAGAUUGCAGCAAUAAUAAAUAAUCCUGAAAACAAAGUUAAAAAGUUGUUUAUUGAUUGGCAGCAAGUUAACGAAAACUUCUUAUAGCAAGUGCAGCAGAUCGAAUUUUUAACAUUAAGAUCUUGCUAACUAAGUAUAAAUUUAACCUCGAUAAUGAUUAGCAAAUUAGCAAAUUCAAACUUUAACUUUGAAUGUCCAAAAUUUAAAAUGUUUGGAUUUAUACGAUAAUAAAUUAUCAAAGGAAGCUUUGAACUUGAUAGGAAAAAUGUUGGGUUAAAAUAGCUUAAUGGAAUUUCUUGGUUUAGCUAAGAAUGGAAUACAAUCCUUUGAGGACUUAUAAGGAAUUACUUAGAGUAUAGGGAGAUUCCAGAUGAGUCAAGAAGAGUAUGACGAGUAUAAGACAAAAGAAAAGGAGAGAGAUGCUAUCAUUGAACGAAAUAAGAAAGUAAAGAAAAAAGGAACCGAAGAACUUGUGCCUUACUUAGAACCAAUUCAGUAGAUAGACAAUAAUUGGUAUGUGAUCAAGAACUCAAGAUUGUGGUUGAUAAAUCUAUCAAUGAAUUAGAUUGAUGAUUAAUCGAGAGAUGCUAUAGAGAAAUUCUUACUAUAAACAGGAGAAAACUUUUAAUUGGUGUUGAUGGGCAACAGAUUCGAUGAUUAGAAGGCAUUGUAGAAAACAAAAAAGAAGUUUGGAAAGAAAUUAGUAUUAUGA